CCCAAUUUGUCGGCUGUCACAAGCAUUCAAUGUUAAUAACUUUAUCAGUUCGGGUCCAACACUCUCUACGCUAAUUCUUUGCCAUCGGUCUGUGGGUUGGUUGGUUGGAGACCAUCCGACUGCUUACAAAUUCAAAAAACCGCAAAUGGUGUUCCGUGAAAAGUUCUUUGUCAUUCUAAUGAUGAUGACGAUGGUGAUGAGUGGUAGCCUUACAGCUGUCGUGUUUGGUGGUUUAAAUGCUGACCGUAAUCUUACCGAUUUUAGGCGACAACGCGAAAAACGAGGUUUGAUCUUUGAAAAUGGAGGUGCCAUUAAGCUUGUAAUUGGUCCCAUUAUGCCCAUACCAUUUGGAGAUCCCAUUGUUUGGCGUUCACUUAUUUGUGCCUAUAACAUUCACGUUGGCGAUUACAAGAUGCCGACCACACCACUUUACCCGUGGGACAAAUGGGAAAACAUAUACGCCAGAUCAAAAGGCUAUACAGGCAAAAUAGAACCGGAUUUCUCGAGAGAGCUAUUCUAUACGGGUCUGGAAAGUUUCAUGGACCGAAUUAGUGGAAACGGCAGAGAAUGUCUACUGCGUUCGAUUUGUGAAAAUGCCCAGGUGGAUCAUUAUAUGGAUUUCUUUGGUGAAAUAUUGAAUGUGAUAUUGACGCCUGGCAAAGAAGAUUUGGAUGAAGUCUACCACACAGCCUAUGAGAUGGGAAGAAACGGAAUCGAUUGUCUGCAAUAUUACUCAAAAUGCCCUAAAGGAUCAAAUAUAUUUGAUAAUGUUAUUGAAGAGAAUUAAUUGGACCGAUGAGAUAAUAAAAUUUUGUUAAAUCUAUAUAUGUACUCGUAUGCUGGUAUAUGUAAAAGAGUUUGGCGGUGAGUGAAUUGCUGACUG